AUGUCUGACGACGAACGAAAAAGUUGGCCUCAAUAUGUUGGUCAAGAUGCUAGUGAAGUUGAACAGAAAAUAAAAGAAGAAGGUAUCUUAUUUGAUUAUCAAAGUCUUAAUAUAAACAUUGUCUAUUCUUUAGGGUAUGAACCUGAAAUAUUACCACAAGGUUCACCAACUACACGUGAUUAUCGUCUCGACCGUGUUCGUUUAUUUGUUGAUGACAACAAUAAAAUUGUUCAAACACCCACCAAUGGUUAA